GUGCGGGUGACGGCGGUUUUACUGUAUCUGUGGUAGUUGCCAUUGUAGCUGAUGAUAAAUCUGCGGCACCUUUCAAAUGUUGAAUUAACUGUUGUUUAAAUUUAUCCCAAUUAUUAUUAAUUGUUUCCUUCAAACUUCCAUACCAAGUUUUUAAAGAAUCAUCUUGAAAAUGUUUAGCAGCCUCCUCAACAGCUCAACAACAACCUCAGCCUUUCCAAUUAGUUUCCGUGAAGAAGCAGAAGAGAUAGAAAAGGAUACAAUGGAAGAACAACUGGAAGAACAGUUUGAAAAAGACAAUAAAGACCAAAUAGAGGCAUUAACUCAGAUAUUAGCAGGAAAAAAACAAAUUGAACAACAGCUCCUUAUGAAAGUUUCCGAAUUAAAAAGUCCAGCGGAAGGAAUCGAAGCUGCGGAUCAGUGGCUUACUUUAAUUGAAAUAAUUUUUCGUAAAUUAAAUUAUCAUCAGCUGUGCUGGCCAGAGGAGGCUGCUAAACAUUUUCAAGAUGAUUCUUUAAAAACUUGGUAUGGAAGUUUGAAGGAAACAAUUAAUAAUAAUUGGGAUAAAUUUAAACAACAGUUAAUUCAACAUUUGAAAGGUGCCGCAGAUUUAUCAUCAGCUACAAUGGCAACUACCACAGAUACAGUAAAACCGCCGUCACCCGCAC